CCCCUGUGAGCCCCGGAGCUGAGGAGACAGAGCAGAUUCAUCUCAAAGGGGAUGAACAAUCAGUACGCCCGCCGCCGGGAGGUCUUCUGCGGGAACACCUGCCACGAUCUCAAGCGCUUUUGGGAAAGAGAGAUUGGCAAACAGACCUACUACAGGGAGUCGGAGGAAUACCGGCUGGGAAGGAGCGCACUGAGAAAGCUUAGAGAAGAAUGGAAGCAGAGGCUGGAAACAAAGCUGAGGCUACGGAACAAUCCAGACGAGACUGAAAGGCGGGCAAAUGUUGGCUGAGAGCUUCCUGCUCCACUGACCACAGAGGACACAAAGCACUGAGGUCACGCUGCUGGAAGUCAACUCAAAUCCCCAAGUCCCUUUGCCUUGCCGGUUGGAUCCCUGCAAGGGGGUUCCCUGCCAAUCCUCUCCCAAUGCGCAUGCGCCUCAUUUGCCGAGUCAGUCUUCUCCGUGUCGGGGGCAAGUUUUUAUUCCAAGUGGCUCUGAAGAUGAGCUUAUUUAUAAUCAAGGCUCCGGGAAGCAUUCUUAAC